AUGCAGGCUGCAACACUCAAGCAGCUGGGUCAUAGUAGUCUAGCAGGCAAGACGGCGCUGGUGACUGGAGCCAGCGGCGGGAUCGGGCGCGCAAUAAGCUUCGAGCUGGCACGACGCGGCGCUCGCAUAAGCGGAUCAGUGGACAUUCUGGUGAAUGCUGCUGGGGUAUCGAGAGACGGCCUCUUGGUGCGUCAGCGGAUGCAGGAUAUAGAGGAGAUGUUGGAGACCAAUUUGCUGGGCACUAUGUUGUUGGCGGGGGUUAUUAUUAACGUGUCUAGUGUUGUUGGGAUGAGAGGCAAUGUGGGCCAGUCGGCGUAUGCGGCCACUAAGGCUGGUGUGAUUGGGUUUUCAAAGGCGCUGGCUAAGGAGCUAGGGCCGCGUGGUAUCCGGUGCAAUGUGCUGGCGCCGGGGUUUAUAGAGACUGAGCUUACACACGACAUUUUGCAAAAUCCAGUGACAAAGGCGCUAAUAGAGGGUGUGCCGCUGGGUCGGGUGGGGUCGGUUGAUGAAGUGGCCCACGCGGCAGCAUUCUUGGCCGAGGCAGAGUACAUGACGGGCCAGGUACGUGUUUAUGUCGCUAUUGUUAUUGUUAUUGUUAUUGCGUCUCAUGUGUAA